ACGGCGUUGUUAAUUUUGAUCGGCGCAGGUUUUUGCGUACUUCUCUUUAGAAAAAACCCCUUUGGUUUAAUUAAUUAAAAAUAAGAAUAUAAACAAUAUACAAUAUAAAUUAAUUAUGAUAAAUUUAGAUAAGUAUAAAAAAACAACAACAAAAUGCAUAUUAGCGAAAUCAAACGCAUUCAAUAGAAAGCAAAUCGAAAAUUGAUGCAUGAUUCGAAUGCGAAGUGGAAGAAGUGUAUACAAAAAGCAAUAAAUGAACGAAAGAAAUACUCCCACCAAAAAAAAAAAAAGAAUAUAAAAAAUUACUACUAUAAUUAAUAACACACUAGCCGGUUGCACAGUCGGUCAGUGCUUCAAUUGAAAAAGAGGAAUAUAAUUUCAUAAUAUUCAUCGAGAAGUUACUAAAAAUGUCGCAGUAAAUUAUUGGAUUUUUCUUUAGUCAUUAUACCUCCCCGCCCAGGACAUAAAUAGCUUAAACGAAUUAUAGAGAUUACCAAAGAGUGGUUUUUAUUUCAUCAAAGUGUUAUUUUAUACUUUUUUUAUUUAUGGUGGUAAUGUUUGCCAUCGAAUCACAAUAGCAGUGGAGGAUUACACUUAACAUUUCUUAUAAACUAAACGAACUCGUUAUCUAAGAUAUUUUGAAAGAAUUGAUUUUAAUAAUCAAUCAGACAAACACUCAGUCAAUUUACCGAUUAAGUAAUUUAUUUUGAAAAAGAAAAAAGCACCUUAAAAACAAACAUUCUUAUGGCUAACACCGCAACUUCUUCAAAAUUUAGUGAUGUGGACGAAUAUGGAUUUAAACGUCCUGAAAAUUUUGAUUACAAAUCAUAUGAACUGUUCAUGUCCUCAUAUUUGAAAACGCUAGCAAAUAGGCGUAUAAAAUGGGAAGCUCUUAUGCAGCAGAACACUGAUCUCACGAAUAUAAAUCCUAAACUAAAACGAUACAUACGAAAGGGGAUUCCAGGUCCCUACCGUCCUGAUGUUUGGAUGAAAAUAUCUGGUGCUUAUACACUGCAGCAACGCUCACCCGAUCUCUAUCGAAGUUUAUUAAAUACGACAUAUGAAAAAGAAAUAAGCGAUUCCAUAUCAAUAGAUCUACCUCGCACUUUCCCCGACAAUAUAUUUUUCGAAACGAAAAAAGAGCGUUUGUACAACAUAUUGAUAGCGUAUGCUCACCACAAUCGAGAAGUUGGCUACUGUCAAGGUCUAAAUUAUAUAGCUGGUCUAUUGCUCAUAGUUACCGAUGACGAAGAAAAGUCGUUUUGGCUGUUAAAGCACAUGGUGGAAAAUAUUGUGCCUCAAUAUCACACCAAAAAUAUGGCUAAUUUAUUGCGAGAUAUGGCCGUUUUUAAAGAGAUGGUUAUACGACGUGUUCCAACUGUAAACAAGCAUAUUGAAAAAUUAGGACUGCCUUAUGCUGUCAUUGCCAGUAAAUGGUUUAUUUGUAUUUUUGCCGAAGUUCUUCCUGCUGAAACCGUUUUACGCAUAUGGGAUUGUGUUUUUUCCGAGGGCUAUAAGAUUGUUUUUCGAGUUGCAUUGACCAUGUUUAUAACGCACAAAGCCGCCAUCUUAGCAGCUGAUGAUAUCGGCGCCUUGGCCAAUUUCUUCCGAGAGACAUUAAUACAUGACGAAAUUGUAACAGACUGUCAUACUUUUAUGCAGACUAUGUUCAAUUUACGCUUGAAGCGUAGUGAAUUGGAAAGUCUACGUAAAAUAUGUGUUGGUCGCAAUAACACUUAAACUGCAACAUGAUUUUAUUGUUGGGCAAUAAUCUAAUCUUUAAUAUUUAUUAAUCAACAAAAACAAAUAGUAACUAUGCAUAUAUUUUACUUAAUUGUGUAUGUAUUAUGUAUACAUGUAUGUAAGUAUCUAUGAAUGUAGAUCUAUUAUUAGUUAACAUCGAAAGCAAAACUUGUUUUUAAAAUUUCCUUAUUUUGGAAUUGAUAUUUACAACUUGUGUAUCGGUUGCAAACAAACUAAAAAAAAUCAAUUAAAAUUAAGUAAAUCUAUGGUUAUUUAUGUUUUCCUCGUUAGUCUAUUAACAAAAAUAGAAGUGUGUGCUUUUUAGAAUUAAAUAAUUGAGUUUAGAAACUUGCUAUGGAACAAAAACUUUUUAAAAAUAAAUCCAAUGUUUUUUAUUAUAUUUUUAUUAUUUUCUUUUAAAACACCGCGAACAACUCAUAUUUUUAAAUGUGUGUGCAUAUUUGUUUUAUGUUUUUUAAUAUGAAAAAAUUUUGAAUAAUUAACUUACCCCAAUUGGAUACCAUUAUAAGCUUCUAAGCGUUUAACAUCUUUCAAAAUUAAAUCCUAUUUAAAAUUUAUUAUUUUUCAUUAUAAUGGUGCGUAAUCUUUUAUGAACUUACAAUUAAAUAUAAAAAUAAAUAUGAAAUAAACUAUAAACUAUAUAUUUAAUAUUAGCCAAUUUGAAACAAAAAUGCAUUCAUACAUACAUAUUUGUUUAUGUAGUUGUGUUCUUAAAAUGCUAUAACUGCCUUAGAUGAUGAAGAGUUAUAAAAGAAAAUAGCAGCCAAAUUAAUAUUUUAAUGAACAAUAAUUGUUAUACUACACAUACAUAGAGAUAUAGUAUUUAUGGCCAAAUUGAAGAAUUGUAUUCGUUAAUUGUUGUGUUUCAAUUAGUAUUUUGUUUAAUUUAUUUAUUUGCCAAUAAGUUGUGAGAGAAGAAAUAUUAACAAAAAAAGGCUUAGAUACUGUAAAUGACUUUUAAAGUACAAUAUUAGUAAUUAGUAUAAUAAAAUAAAUAUUUAUUAAGUUUUAUGUUUUUAUGAUUGUUUUUAAGAUUUUCCUAAGUGAAAACCCUAAUAAAUAUAUUGCUUCUUCUGUGUAUCUUUCUGUUUUAGCUGUAAUUGAAAUACAAACAUACUUACUUUAUUAAUCAAAGUGUAUAUUUAUGUAUUAGUAUUUGUGUUUUUUGUUUAAAAAAGACAUAACGAAACAAUUUGUUGCUUCAAUAAAACCAAAAAUUUAUAUUAUUUA